GUUGAUUCAAUCUGCAGAAUAAAAGAAAGAUAAAAGCUGUGAUCUGCGUCCUGUGGUCAUGAUAUUUUUGAGGACAGUCAAUAUUUUCCACAGUCGAUCUGUCACGAGUCGAUGGCUGUGGCCGGCGGUGGAGACUGAGAGUGGUUCUGGAGCUGGGACUGUGUGUGAGUGUUAGUCAGUCAGGAUGAGCGUGGAGGUUCCUGCGGGUCUGAGCGAGCUGCUGAAGAGCUACACGCUGGAGGUGCUGAAGCGGAGGCCGGCGGACCUGCUGGAGUUCUCCGUGCAGUACUUCACCUGUCUGAGGGAGCAGCGCAGCUCCAGCCGUCUCAGCCGCUCUCCGGUGACCCGCGGCGUGGCCUUCGACCAGGACUCCGCUCCCACCGACUCCAGCGAGGACGAGGAGGAAGAGCAAAGACACGAGGAGGAGGAGGAAAGACACCAAGAAGAUGAAGAUGAGGAGGAGGAGGAGGAGGAUGACUUCCCAGAUGACUUUACAUUCAAAGGUCCUCCACCCAGUAAAUGCAACAGACGUGUAUCAGUGUGUGCGGAGCCGUAUAACCCUGAUGAAGAUGAAGACGAAGGUAGCGAGUCGAGGGUCGUUCACCCCAAAACUAAUGAGCAGCGUCAGCGUCUACAGGAGGCCUGCAAGGACAUACUGCUGUUUAAAACCCUCGAGCAGGAUCAGUUCGCUGAGGUGUUAGACAGCAUGUUCGAGGUGCUGGUCAAACCCAACGAGUGCAUCAUCAAUCAGGGAGACGAUGGUGAUAAUUUCUACGUCAUUGAGAGGGGUGUGUUUGAUAUCCUGAUUCAGAAGGACGGCGUGAGCCGCUGUGUGGGGUGCUAUGAUAAUAAAGGCAGUUUUGGUGAGCUGGCCCUCAUGUACAACACGCCGCGCGCCGCCAGC